AUGAGCUAUAAAUCCCUGCAUGAUAAUCUGUUCAUUAUCAACUUCAAGGCUGAAGGAGAUUACAAGUUUGUCAUCCAAGGUGGCCCAUGGUUGCACAAGGGUGAUGCUCUCCUAGUCGCAGAGUUUGAUGGCCUCACUUGCCCCUCGGAGGUGUCUUUGGAUGUGGUAACCAUCUGGAUCAGGAUCUAUGAUCUUCCCCUGGUUUUGAUGACAAAAGCCAUAGGUGAACUGUAUGGGAGCAAGUUUGGAAAAGUGCGAGAAGUGGACGUAGAGGAAGAUGGGAGGAAUCGUCAUGAUUUCUUCCGCAUAAGGGUGGAGCUGCCCGUUAAGAAACCGCCGAAGUCGAAGAUUGCGAUCAAGACUACUGUACAUGGUGUUGAGGCUGUCAGAAGAUUUGAUGUUAGGUAUGAAAGAGUUCCAUUCUUCUGCUUCAUUUGUGGUUACAUAGGGCACUCUGUGAAAGACUGUGAAAAGAAGAUAUCAAAUAUGGAUGCGCCGUUUCAAUUCUCUGCUGAGUUACGGUGUUCCCCCUUGAAGGCUUUUGAGAGGAAAGUAAGCACUGUCAAAGCAACUGCCCAAUCAAAUGUUUCACAUGAGACUUCAAGUGCUCAGAAGAGAAGAACGCCGAAACAGGGAGAGCCGAAGAUCACAGGGCGAGUGCAGCAAGCUCUGCUGGAGUACAAGAAGGAUAUGGAGGUGUGGCACGAGGACCAAAUUGGGUCUGGGUCUAAAGACAGGGCACAAAAGCGUUUCAAAAAGGUUGAUGCAAGUGGGUUGAGUAAGGUGGAAACGGAAGCAACCAGCCCCGGGGCUGCUGGUACACCGGCGGGUCCUAUGAUAGUUGUCUAA